CUUCAAUAAAUAAGAUACAAUUUCCAACAGCCUUUUCCACAGUUUAAUGAAAUUUGAUCACUAUUUUUGUACCUUCGUCCUUGUGGUGAGGUAGAGUUUAGGGAUUGUUGUUACAUUUUGUAUGGGUGAGCGAUUACACAACAAGUGUACGCAUAACCUAUUAUAAAUUUUGUCCUUAUUUCAAAACCUAAAAUGUAUGCAUCCAGGUCGUACAUAAUCGAAAUGUGCUUGUCCUUAGCAGUUAUUUGCAUCGUUGGAUUUACUUUCGCCUCUGCCAAUUUAGAGAUGGAGCCGCUUUCGAAGUACAAUUCAACAACCCUGAUACGACACGCAAACGCAAAACUCGAUCUUCGGUGUCGUUCAUCCGAAAGUCUGGCAGCUGAAUUGCAGCUUUUGCAAUGUAUCAAUUCAAGCGAUUGCAGAAAUGUCACUGAAGUAGAGAGUUUGGGUUCAGAGGUCACAGUGAGAUUUCAGUCCUUACAGGCCAAUGACAGCGGGACAUACAUUUGCUUGGACCAUAAUACUACCGAAAACGCGAACAUCAUACUGAAAGUAGGAGUUAAACCCCAGCCUCCAGAAGACUUUGACUGUGUUUUUCGAGAUUUGAAAGAUCUAAAUUGUACUUGGAAUAAACCCAAAGCUCAAAUUUCAAACACUGUACCGACUUCAUGGAAUGUCACAUUUCGAUGGAAGCCAUACGGUGGCUCCAAGUUCAGCGAUUUAGCAUCAUUAUGUCCAAAUCAGACCAUCUCAAAUACAGCCAUAUCCUGUCACUGGUCAUGUGACAAUAGCAAAACAUGCUCCUUUGGGCAGAUGCGAAGAUACCGAGUAUACAUACACGGAUUGAACCAACUCGGAAAUGUCUCCAGAAUGUACGACGUCAUUCCGGAAAACUAUGCAAUACUCUCAAUUCAGAAGUUGGAUCUAAAGCCAUCCAACAAAUCAAUGCUAAUUAUCGUGCACCUGCAAGAACAUAUAUAUCUGUCUCUAGUUGGUAGGAUUGUGUUUCAGAUUGAAAUACAUGAACUUCAAGGCGCAGAAUCUGAGUUGACAAAUAAGACACAGUGGAUAACAGAAAUACAGGAGACCUACAAGAAAAAUAUCAUAGAUUUGAAACCCUUCACUGGAUACAAAAUCUGCGUAAAAACUAAGUUAUCUGAAAGCAUUGGUCAUUGGAGUAAUGAAGUCUGUGGCCAAGAUGUCACAAAAGAAGCAGUUCCAACACAUGCACCAGAGACAACAAAAUGGGCAUAUUACUUUGAAAAAGAAAGCGGUCGAGUUCGGUUGUACUUGAAGAAAAUUCCUACCAAAUACAAAACUUCAGAAAAUUAUAACUAUUUCAUUCAGCGACUCGAAAAUGGUCAGGUGACAACCAACAUUACUGCAAAACCGAACACAACAAUAGAAAUUCCAUCCAGCUGGAUUAAGGACAAUGAUAAAUUUAUCGUAAGAAUUAGGUCGUGUAAUGACUUGGGCUGCAGCGACUCUUCCACACACCUUAACAUUGACAAAGCAAAAACAGAAUUUCGCCCUACCGGUGUAACAGCAAUGAAGAAUGAUGAGAGCGAUAUGUACACAGUAUCCUGUGAUGUGAGAGAGAAGUUCCGAAAGAACACACAGUUUACCAUUUUCUACUACUGUCGUGGUUUUCGGGAAACUCAUACCUGUCUCAGUGACUUUAAUUGGAUAAAUAAAACUGGUGCCAUAUUGCGACAAAAAAUCAAAGUUCCAAGUGGCCAAUAUGGAGAUUGGAUAUUUGGGGUAUCAUUAGUUGCCAAUGACUACACUUCCGGUGGUAUUUUAUUUGUUAGCUGUUAUUCCACUGUCAAUAGCAGUUGUGAACAAGUCGGUGUGUCUGAGCUAAAAGAAUUGACAGUUUUUCCAGAUGAAGCCCUCGUUGUUGUGCUCAUUGCGAUCACGCUGACGUUGCUAUUCGGUGUGCCUUUGUUACUAAGAUACUUGAGGAAAAGGUACUGUCAAGAAUUGAGAAUAGAUCUACCUGAAAUUUUUCAGAAGAAAUACAGGAAUGACGAUAUUAGAAGCACAUUGGAAACUGAUUAUAUAUCAAGGACAUACACUAGUAGUGUUAAUGAUCAAGAAGGCAUAUUGAUCAAAUGCCAAGAGGAACAGAAGAACAAUGGUGACCACGAAAUGAUUUUCAUUAAGGGUUCUGAUUCAGUUUGCAAAGAUGAGAAACGCCGCUCAUUGAAAUUAAGCUUUGAUUCUGGAGUAACAGAUUUAAACCACGCGGUCCACACUCCAACAAGUGAUUGCAGUUCGGAACAAAUUAUGCGUAAUGUAACGUCGCAAGAAAGCUUAAAUUCAGUAUUUGAACAGAAUAAUGAAGAAAGCAAUGACGACAAUGAAAUGAAACCAGACCUUAAAAAAGUUGUUGAAGAUCAUAAAUUUUCUGAGGAAGGUGAAACUGAAUCAUUGCUACCAUCUGGGUAUGCAAAAAUGACAUACGUACAGUGUAAUAAUGAUUACUGUGUAACUUGUGGUGGAACAAUGACAUAUUGUGAGGAAAAAGAAAUCAAUGAUCUCGAAAGAACGGCAAUGAAUUUAACGUUUGAUUGCAGAGACAAAGACUGCACAGAAACUGUUGAAUUGAUUUCUGGAUAUGUGUAGGUUGUUGAGUAAAUGAUGCGUAUAUGUCUCCAAAACGGUGAAUAAGAGAAAAAGUUUAAAUAUAAUGCCUGUUUUUUUAAAACUGAUACACUGUACUAAAAACUUAAAAAUUGAAACUUUAUAUACUUGUACAAUGUAUAUAAAUGAUAUGGAAAUAUAUUUUUUGCAAUCUUGUUUUUUAAAGGGACGAAAUGAAAAGGCUGAUUAAACCAAGUUACUCUUGAUGACAUUGAAGUAAGAGUAAUGAGUUGAAAUGUAAAAUUAUGCAUUCUUGUUAAAAAUAGCGAAUGAGUUUUUUUGAUAAUGAAAUUAUGCACCACAAUUAUGCAGAGGUGAACCUCGAGGUUUUUAUCUGAAUAUGACAAUCUAAAAAAUAAUAUGAUAUCAAGCCUAUAUACCUCACGGUACAUGGUACGUUUUUUCUUUUAAAAAUGAAGUUCUCUUUAUUUGGAUAAUAUUGAAACAUACUAGUACUCUAUGUCAUCUUUUUUUUAAAAAAA